UCUAAAAUUCACCAAGAUCCUUUGCUCUUCAAAAGCCUCAAGAUCCUCAUGGAGGCAGCUGAAGAAGUUGAACUUCGUAGUAAAGGUAAUCAAAGAGAGCGGAAUUCAAACAAAACUCGAAAGCUCGAACGAUACACGCGGCGGAUUCGUAUCGGGUUGUACACCCUUUUUCUUGUUUGUGGCCAAUCUGUAGCAACUCUCUUGGGAAGACUUUAUUAUGACAAAGGAGGGAAUAGCAAAUGGAUGGCCACAUUGGUUCAAUCAGCUGGCUUUCCAAUUCUCCUUCCCCUUCUUUGCCUUUUUCCCCAACCCACCAAAUUUUCCUCCAAACAGCAAAAUUUCCUCACAUUUUUCUUCAUUUGCUUUGCUUUUGGUCUUCUUUUGAUAGGAGACAACUUGAUGUAUUCUUAUGGCCUUCUCUACCUUCCUGUCUCUACUUACUCACUUCUUUGUGCAACUCAAUUAGCUUUCAAUGCACUUUUCAGCUUCUUCCUCAAUGCUCAGAAGUUCACUUCUUAUAUACUCAACUCCCUCGUCCUCCUCACAGUUUCAGCUUCCCUUCUAGCGUUCAACUCCGAGUCUGACACCACACCGCAUUCUGCUAAAGGGAAGUACAUAAUCGGGUUCCUUUGCACGCUCGGUGCAUCGGCUGCUUACUCGUUGUAUCUAUGCCUUCUCCAAGUGUGUUUCGAGAAAGUUAUGAAGAGAGAAACAUUCUCUACGGUGUUGGAUAUGCAAAUAUAUCCCUCGCUCGUGGCGAGCUGUGGGUGCGUGGUCGGGCUUUUCGUGAGCGGGGAGUGGAGGGAUUUGGGAGAUGAGAUGAGGGAGUAUGGAGAGGGGAGAGUGUCCUAUGUGAUGACUGUGGUUUGGACUGCAGUGGCUUGGCAGGUCUCCUCCAUUGGUUUGUUGGGGUUGAUUUUUGAGGUGUCUUCAUUGUUCUCUAAUGUGAUUAGCACAUUGGCUUUGCCUGUGGUUCCAAUUCUUGCAGUGAUCUUUUUCCAUGACAAAAUGGAUGGGGUGAAGGCCAUGGCUUUAGUUUUGGCUAUUUGGGGAUUUGUUUCCUAUAUUUAUCAGAAUUAUCUUGAUGAGUCAAAAGCCAAGGCAAACCAACCGAAUGCCAAUGAUAUUAAUGCAGUUUGAUAA